CAAGUUACUUACUCGCCUCAGACUCUGCCUCUGGGGUGUGUCUUGUGUUCUAGAGCCACGGUACCAGAAUAUUUAAAUCACUGUGGCGUUAAAUACGUUUUAAUAUCUGAUAGGGCCAGUUUCUGCGCAUUGCACUUUUUUUUUCCUUUCAGGAACGUGUUCGGGCCCGCGGCAGGGGGCGGGGUCGCGCCUCCGCCUCGGCUCUGGUUCCAGCCGAGCCUCACCGACGCCGAGAUGGAAAUCCCGAGGCUGCUCCCGGCUCGCGGGACACCACAGGGCGGCGGCGGCGGCUGCUGCCCCGCGGGCGGCGGCGGGGUCCACCGAGCCCCGGACUCUCUGGCUUGUCAGGUCCCCACGCGCCGCCUCCUACUGCUCCGGGGGGCCCAAGAUGGCGGGCCGGGGCCGCGGAGCGCCGAGGCCCAGAGGGCCUCACGGGGCCUGGGCCCGAGCCUGAACCGGUUGGCGCCGAGGCCCGAUCACCGGGGCGGCGGCGGCAGAGGCGGAGGAGGAGGCGGCGGCGGCGGCGGAGGAGGAGGCGGCGGCGGCGACGACUUCUUCCUGUUGCUGCUUGACCCGGUGGGUGGCGAUGUAGAAACAGUGGGCACGGAGCAGGCCGGAGGGCCCGUGUGGAGGGAGGAGGCCGAGGCAGGCCCGGGGCCGGAGCGGCGCCAGAGCGGCGUGAACCCAGCGGGCCGGCCCGAGGCGGUACCCCGCUGUCUGCCGGUUGUCCCGGCUGCGUCCCCCCUUCCCGCGGCCGGCCCGGGGCCGGGCCCGGCGGCGGCGGCGGCCUUCGCGGGCACCAUCACCAUCCACAACCAGGACUUGCUGCUGCGCUUCGAGAACGGCGUCCUCACCCUGACCACGCCCCCGCUGCCCGCCUGGGAGCCGGGGGUCGCGCCGUUCCCGCAGCAGCCACAGCCGCUGCCGGGGGCACUGAUCGCCCCGCAGGCCGCCGGGUUUCCGCCCGCCGCCGCCGCCGCCGCCGCCGCGGCGCAGCUGGGCGACUGCCCCGAGCUGCCACCAGACCUCCUGCUGGCGGAGCCGGCGGAACCCGCGGCCGGCCCGGCGCCUCCGGAGGAGGAGGCCGAGGCCCCGGCCGCCACCCGGAGCCCCCGCGGGCCUCUGGGCCCGGGCCCGGGCGUGGUGCUGUACCUGUGCCCGGAGGCGCAGUGCGGACAGACCUUCGCCAAGAAGCACCAACUCAAGGUGCACCUGCUGACGCACAGCAGUAGCCAGGGCCAGCGGCCCUUCAAGUGCCCCCUGAGCGGCUGCGGCUGGACCUUCACCACGUCUUACAAGCUCAAGAGACACCUGCAGUCGCACGACAAACUGCGGCCAUUUGGCUGCCCGGUGGAGGGCUGCGGCAAGAGCUUCACCACCGUGUACAACCUCAAGGCGCACAUGAAGGGGCACGAGCAGGAGAACUCCUUCAAGUGCGAGGUGUGCGAGGAGAGCUUCCCCACGCAGGCCAAGCUCAGCACCCACCAGCGCAGCCACUUCGAGCCCGAGAGGCCUUACCAGUGUGCGUUUUCGGGCUGCAAGAAGACGUUCAUUACUGUGAGUGCCCUGUUUUCUCACAACCGCGCCCAUUUCAGGGAACAGGAACUCUUUGCCUGCUCUUUCCCUGGCUGCAGCAAGCAGUAUGACAAGGCUUGCAGGCUCAAGAUCCACCUGCGGAGCCACACCGGGGAGAGACCUUUCCUUUGUGACUUCGACGGCUGUGGCUGGAACUUCACCAGCAUGUCCAAACUCCUAAGGCACAAGAGGAAGCACGAAGACGACCGCAGGUUCACCUGUCCAGUAGAGGGCUGUGGGAAGUCCUUCACCAGGGCCGAGCACCUGAAAGGCCACAGCAUAACCCACCUGGGCACGAAGCCUUUCGUGUGCCCCGUGGAAGGCUGCUGUGCCAGGUUCUCUGCUCGCAGCAGCCUCUACAUCCACUCCAAGAAGCACUUGCAGGACGUGGGUGCGUGGAAGAGCCGCUGCCCGGUCCCCACCUGUAACAAACUCUUCACGUCCAAGCACAGCAUGAAGACCCACAUGACCAAAAGGCACAACCUCAGCCAGGACCUCUUGGCCCAGCUAGAAGCUGCCAACUCUCUCACACCCAGCAGUGAACUCACCAGCCAGGGGCAGAACGAUCUCAGCGGGGCCGAGCUCGUGUCUCUGUUCUCGGAUGUGCCUGGCCACAGUUCUGCUGCGGUGCUGGACACGGCCUUGGUCAACUCUGGCAUCUUGACCAUUGAUGUGGCCUCUGUGAACUCGAGCCUCGCAGGAAGUCUCCCUGCCGAUAAUAAUACCAACAACCACUCCUUAGGGCAAGCGGCGGCGGACCCUCGGGCCUUGAGGGGGGCCCCCAGUGACCUUCCCCAGAGUCUGGAUACCUCUCUCUUCUUUGGAACCUCGGUGACUGGUUAUCAGCACAGCCCCUUAGACAUGGACGAUGUCUCCGCUGGGAACGUGGGGCUCUUCGGCUCCUUGGCUCUGAAAAACUCGAGCCUGGAGCCCCAGGCCUUGACACCCAGCAAUAAGUUAACCGUGGACACGGAAGCUCUGACUCCCUCCAGCACCCUCUGUGAAAACAGUGUCUCCGAGCUACUGACCCCAGCCAAAGCCGAUUGGAACGUGCACCCCGAAUCUGACUUCUUUGGGCACGAGGAAGAAACCCAGUUCGGAUUCUCCCACCCAACAGGAAGCCAUGGGUCUCAGAAAGACACAGAUCUUAUCACGGUGACCGGCACCCCGUUUUUGGUAUGAACUGACUCUGCCUGCCCUGUGGCUCACUUUUUUAUCACACUCAAAUGUGAGAAUGUUCUGGAAGGAGUGCUUGCGUUGCUUGCCUGCAGUUAGUUGUUUCUUGCUGCCUUGCAAAGGAACGCAUCUGUGGACUACCAAUUUAGGGAUUUCAAUUCUCAUCUUCAGUCUGGAACUGAUGAGUUCUCUGACUGUGAGCAAGUCUCUUAACCUAGCUGAGCCUUAAUUUUUUCUUUUUACUUAUAAAGGAGGUGGUUUAGGUUAGAUUGUUUCUGUCAUUUUUUUCAGCUCUCUUGAGUCUGGAUUAUUUUGUUUUUGUUUUUGUUUUCCUUCAAACUUAUUGGGGCACCCCAAACAAUGAUAUGUUCUUCUGUUGUAUAUCAAGUUAAAUUAAACUAUAUAAUGAAUAUAUACUUUGCACUUGCCUUCAUCAGUUUAAAUCCACAAGUCAUCUUAGUUGUCUUCAUUCUCUUCCUUUAUUUAGUUUUAUUUUUUAAGGUGUACCAGAUAUUAGCUUAUUCAUAAAUAUUUAGUAGAGAUCUUUAGAUUACACUGAGUCCUUUAGAAAAAGUUUAUUUUAACAAUUUCUUUAUAUCAGUUAAAUUCCAUGUUUUAAAAUUUCAUAUUGUCACAUAAAUGGUACCUGGAUUACUAUCUAAUAUUCUGAAAUAUAAUUUAAUCUAUAUGUUCCACUUCCCUGUUUUCCUUAAGAUUUUAUUCAUUGAAAAUAAUUGCUAUUCAUGUAGAAUCUGCUACAUCCAGGUGAAAUUUUGCUAAUUGUGUCCUUGUGUUCAGUUGGUUUCCUCAAUUUAGUAGUUAAUGUCUUGGUCAAACUUAAAUAUUACAUUUGCAUUCAUGUUUUAUAUUGUGCCCCAUCUUCUUUUAUUAACUUAUAACGUCUGGCUUUUUGUUUUUGUGAUGCCUUCACUCAUCAGUACAUUGGUUUGUCGUUAGUCUUUCUUCUGCUAUAUCAUAUUGUUCUUGUACAAUCACUAACACUUAGGGGAGGAGGAAAUGUUUAGAACACUUCAGAAAGUUUAAUAUAAAUAUUAUUCAGUGCCAGAAUGUUUUCUUAAAUGAUGUUAAAACUAACAAGACAAGAUAGCAAAGAGAACUGUGUUUGCUGUUGUUAUUGUUGAUAUUUCUGACAUCUUUUGCUGGUGUUAGGAGGCUGUACUGUAGAAUUGCCAUCCAGGACUUUUAUAUGAAAGAGACUCAGGGUCCAGUUUGUGCUCUGUGGUGUUGGAGAGCUUGUCUUGAACAUACUCAUCUCACUAAACCUCAGUUUCCUGUUUACUGAUUAAUGUGUAUGCACAUGACUAACAUUCCUUAGACUUUUCUUCUCAUACAGUUUUCAACACAUAAGUAAAAGUAUAUAUUUCAGGAGAUUUUAAUGACUUCGUAUGCACUUUUUACAUACUCAGUUUUUUUUUGUUGUUGUUGUUAGGGAAAAAUAAGGAUGAUUCAGCCAUAUUGGUAUUCAGUCAAUAAAGUGUUGUGAGUAUAUAGUGAAACAGGAAAGGGUCUCUUUAUUCCUUACCCCGAAUAUUUUUCUCUCAAAUCAUUGUGAGAAAAAACCAGAAGUGGAAACACUGCUCAUGUGCUUAUCUCCAUACCUCUCCAUUUGAUCAGUCUGUCAACAUCCUCGUUCUAUCUCUAACUUAAUCAGGCUUCUCUGUGUGACUGUGGAGCCUUGGAUUCUUUCAAAAUCUGAGAAAGGAGCAGAAGGUGAUGAUAUCCUUUCUGAUCUGAAGAAAACACUGUUUAUAGUUUUCCAGAACUGAAAGAAAUUGAAAGAUUUGAAUGUCAAUAUUGUGUAAACUCUUGUACAGGGAGUAUAGCAUUUUUAGUUUGUGGAAUGUUUUCAUAACUCACAUCUUUUAUUUUUGUUCAGAGCAACCCUGUGAAGUAGUUUUAGCAACGUCUGUGCAUGUUUCAUAUUAUAGUUUAGCCAACUCACAUUCCAGCUGGUUUCGACUAUGACUGACAAUUCUAUAUAUAGCUUCACAAAAGAAGAAGAGAAUUUUUUCACCUCGUCUGCCUGCAAAUUUUAAGGUUCAUUCUCCUCUAUCACAACUGAUUGCUUUGUUCCAUCCUAGUUGGUUUUUGUUCGCUUCUGCUUACUAUUCUACAGUCUAGUUCCUUGCCUAUCCAUUCCAGUUCUAGUAUACCUUUUAUUUUCUGUUUGUUUAAUGGGUAGAUAUUUUUCCUGUGACUAUCCCUUCAACAUUUUUUCUCAUGGCACAUUGUCUUCCAGUGCUAGCAUUUACUGAGUGUAUACUAUAGCUCUGUGUGUACAGUAAGAAGCUAUUUUCUGAGCUUAAAUAAUACUGUGUGUAUAUAUGAUUCAAGGCAUAAAUGAGAUUAUUUUUUAUGCUGUUCAAUUGAGAAGUGACUUUGUGUUUCAUUAUUUCUAUUUAAAAAGUUUUGGCCAGGGAGUUCUGCUAAUACUUUCUUAUUUGUUCUAGUGUACUGGUCCAGUAGCAUUUGCAUGUAGAUGGCUAUGGAUGACAAACUUUGGAAAUGCACUAAAAAUUUGCCACUAUGAAAUGUUUCUUUGUUGUGUGUAUGUUGGUAUUUAUACACACCCACAGAUAUUUGCAAAUAUUUUAAAAAUGGUUGUACUCAUUUAGUGAAAAUGAAAAGUAGACAUACUUUUAUAAAUCAGAGAAAUGCUUAGAAUUUUAUUUUGUCUACUCAUUUGACAGUUUUCCAUGUUUGUGUUGAAACUAUUUGUAUUCAUAAGAUAUAUUUCAAAAGUGUUAUUCAUUUGAAAGUUCCUAAAUAGACCACUAUUUUUUUGUGUGUGUUUGGCAAAUAAGUCUGUCAAGGAUGAGCUAAAUACACAAGUCAUAAAAAAUAAAGUAAAUUUAUAAACAUGAA